CAAGAAGAGAAAGCGGAAGUGAGAAUCUCAGCAGCCUAUAAAACGACAACGACCAGCAGCCGCAGCACAUUUGAUCCUGCAGAGAAUCAAACAUGAGGUCUCUGGUGUUUCUGCUCCUGGUGGCUGUGGCCAGCGCCAAAGUCUUCGAGCGCUGUGAGUGGGCCCGAGUGUUGAAGAGCAGCGGGAUGGACGGAUACCGCGGCAUCAGCCUGGCUGACUGGGUCUGUCUGUCCCAGUGGGAGUCGCACUACAACACCCAAGCCACCAACCGCAACACUGACGGAUCCACCGACUACGGCAUCUUCCAGAUCAACAGCCGCUACUGGUGUGACAACGGCACACCCUCAUCGAAUGCGUGCAACAUCAGAUGCAGCGACCUUCUGACUGACAACGUCGCCACUGCCAUCACUUGUGCCAAACGUGUCGUCAGGGAUCCUAACGGCAUUAGAGCCUGGGUGGCUUGGAAAGUUCAUUGUCAGAAUCGAGACCUGAGCUCCUACGUGGCAGGAUGUGGAGUUUAACCACCAGAUGAAAAAAGGAGACUGUCAUCAGCAUAAUAUAUAAUAACUCACAUCUUCAGAUGCUGUGGAUUCAAAUGUUUUUUUAUGUCUAAUCCUGCAGGAGUAAAACAAUAAAAAAUAAAGACGA